AUGUGUCGGAACCCUGGUGGUGGGUUGCGGGAUAUCAAGGAGGGGCACACUGGGGCAAUUUCAGUCCAGCAGGCUGGAGCCAAUCAUGGAGCAGCACAACAGAGGAAAUCAGGUGUCAGGCUAGAAAAAGGUGCAAGUGUGUGGUUCAUUAGGCUGCAAGAAAUCAUGGAGGAGCACACUGAAGCGCACGCUUACAAACCACUGCUUAGUCAAGAGUCCCUAAUUGAUGAAGUCGACUCAGAUUCUGACGAUUUAACUGUCAAGAAGAAACCUGUAAAAAACCGGCUGCUUUUUGAGAAGAGGUGGGACGUCUGUGUUUCUUCUGCUGCCCUACAGACCCUCCGGCAAGCCAAGUGGAACACUCCGGACCUGCUCCCUCUGACUGAGGACGUUAGAGCCAUGCAUGCACAUAUUGAGGUAGCCAAAGAAUGUGGUGCGGUGCAUCCAGAGAUGCUAUCCUCAACCAAACUUAGAAAGCACAUAGCUACUAUGUCUACAGUUCUCAAUAUGAAAGAGAAUGAGAUGGACAUACUUGCCAACUUCCUCGGCCAUGACAUUCGCAUCCACAGGCAAUAUUACAGACUACCAGAGGGGACACUGGAGCUGGCCAAAAUCAGCAAAGUGUUGAUGGCCAUGGAGCAGGGAAGAGUGACGGAAUUCGAAGGAAAGAGCCUCGACCAGAUACAAAUUGAGCCUGAAGUAUACGCCCGCCUUGAGUACACGCCCGCCUUGAGUAUGACCCAGUUCCUGCCCGGCCUGCUCUGUCUGCCCGGGCUGCUCUGUCUGCCCGGCCUGCUCUGUCUGCCCGGCCUGCUCUGUCUGCCCGGCCUGCUCUGUCUGCCCGGCCUGCUCUGUCUGCCCGGGCUGCUCUGUCAGCCCGGGCUACUCUGUCUGCCCGGGCUGCUCUGUCUGCCCGGGCUGCUCUGUCUGCCCGGGCUGCUCUGUCUGCCCGGGCUGCUCUGUCUGCCCGGGCUGCGUGCCUCUCUCUCCUUAUCUCUCACUGACUCCAAACCAGAUAAGAUUAACUUCCCUUCCACCAGAUUACGUGCUUGUUUCUCCCAAUUACCGAGCCCAGCUCCCGAACACACGCCUCCGAUCUCAAACUUGUGUUUGGAGAAAGGAGAAAGAGAAGGCUUUGAUUGUGCUGCUGUUCAGAAGGAUCUGUAG